AAAACCUGUAAUCAUAGGUGUCCAAAAUCUCUAAUUAGAAAGCUUGGCAAAAUUAUCAAAGAGGUGAAACAGUUAAAUGAUAUAUAAAAGCUGGUUUGGUCUUAACCUAUGUUCUUAGGCAACAAUUCAUAUUCCCUAGAAAGCUAGUAACUUAAGACAAAGUGAGUAAAUUUAAAGCGGUUGAAGAUGAUUCAUGUCCACUGAUAAUCAGAAAAUGAACAUUUAAUCAUAUCUUUUGUUUCCAAUUGCCCUCACAGUGCCAAAAUUUUCGAUCAAGUUGAAUUAAAGAAUGAAGAUUAUCGAUGCUCAUAAGGAAUGCGUCAUUGUCAUGUGCUGGAUGUUUCAUCUUCUUCUUCGGACCAAUAUCCAAUAUCUACAUGGUUCUAGUGUGGCGGUUGGGGUUGGGGUUGGAGGAGGGUUUGAUACUCUUGCACUUUUCUUGUUUCUUGGUGCUGCUGCUGUUCAGGAAGUUCCUUGGUGGAUCUUGGGAUGAAAAUGGUGACUAUUCUUAACUUUAUUUGAUACUUAAAAAGAAGCAUCUCAUACCAUUGUAAUUAACUCAGUUUCAUCUGUAUAUUGAAGAAGAGGAGCAUAAAUUGAUUUCAUUUUAAAAACACUUCUGGUUUCAUCUAGAUCAAAUAUAUCUGAAAAUUUGUCAAUGAAUUUCUAGAUGCAACAUAUAUAUUCAUUCAGAUACAUGUUUGAUGUGAGAUGUGUAAUUGUAUCAAAAUUGGCUUAUUAGCUAGUACUAUGAGAAAAGAAUGCACAAGGCUCCCCCCCUUAUAAGCAAUAUUAUGAAUGGUUAUCUUGCUUCUCUCUUUGGAAGAAUGAUUCAGAUGGUUUUUGGAGGGAUUAAAGUUGUUUGUGGGAUGGUUGGAACUGUAGUUGGAGGUUAUGUUCUUGAUCUCAUGUCUUCCACAAUCUCCAAUGCUUUUAAGGAUUAUACUAAAAACUGGAGGAUCACAGCUCUUAUUUUAACAUCUGUUCUUUUUCUGGCAGCCUCAACAUGGUUCUUAGGGAUCUAUGUUCACAAGACAGAUAAAUUGUUGGAGGAUCCAGAUGAGAUAACUGACAAGUGUAUCAAAACACAUUUGAUUGAAGAGAAAGCUGAAAAAGUCGAAACAGCAGGGGAACUAUAAUAGACGGGCAUUGCAGGAAUUACAUGUUGUGAUGUGCGUUUUCAAGUAUUUGUACAUUAUUGUUAUAAUCUAUUACUUUUCUGGGAGCAAGCCAUGUAUUAUUAUUAUAUAGUGAUAUUUCAAAUUAUAAAACUUUGUUUGGAAACGUAUUCAAUAAUAAAAUGCUGGUAACUUUCAGUUUAUUUUGACAGACAGGUCUUUUAGAAGUUAAUUUCCACUUUAACAAU